CGGGCGGGCGCUGAGGCGGAGGAGCCGCCGCCAUUUCGGUGUCGCUGCGAGCGGGGCCGGGGCAGCGCUGAGGGGGCGGCCAUGGAUCCCGGAGCCCGCCCGGGCGGCGGCGGCGGCGCCCCGGGGCAGUCCCGCGAGUACAAACUGGUGAUGCUGGGUGCGGGAGGCGUCGGCAAGAGCGCCAUGACCAUGCAGUUCAUCAGUCACCGCUUCCCAGAGGACCACGAUCCCACCAUCGAGGACGCCUACAAGAUCCGGAUCCGCAUCGACGACGAGCCUGCCAACCUGGAUAUCCUGGACACAGCAGGACAGGCCGAGUUCACAGCCAUGAGGGACCAGUACAUGAGGGCAGGAGAAGGGUUCAUCAUCUGCUACUCCAUCACGGACCGGCGCAGCUUCCACGAGGUGCGCGAGUUCAAGCAGCUCAUCUACCGCGUGCGCCGCACCGACGACACGCCCGUGGUGCUGGUGGGCAACAAGUCUGACCUGAGCCAGCUGCGCCAGGUGUCCAAGGAGGAAGGCUCUGCCCUGGCCAGGGAGUUCAGCUGCCCCUUCUUCGAGACGUCGGCCGCGUUCCGCUACUACAUCGACGACGUGUUCCACGCGCUGGUGCGCGAGAUCCGCCGCAAGGAGAAGGAGGCCGUGAUGGCCCUGGAGAGGAAAUCCAAGCCCAAAAGCAGCGUCUGGAAAAGACUCAAGUCCCCCUUUAGGAGGAAGAAGGAUUCAGUCACUUGAACAGCAGAAUUCCUCUGCAGAACGGGACAAAAGCUGUGACCUUUAGUAGCCAGAGGAGCUCGGUGACACGCUGAGGGGUGUGUGACACUCGAGGGGACUUUGCCUCACCCUGCCAGGUGGUUUUCUGUAGAACCAUGUUGCCUUGAUUCUGGGUGUUGAACUUCAGACCCAGGGACAGUUGUACUUUGUUUGUUGUGAUGUGUUUUUUACUGGACCCAGCAGGUGUUGGCCACCCAUGGCUUGGUGGCCCUGACACUUUGGAGUGUUUGUCCUCGGUCACAGCAAGCUGGGAGCUGAACUGUGCAAAACAUUCCUGGAGUUGGAGCCAGCCUCACUGAAUCUGUGGUUUUCCCAGCUGGAAAAGAGGAUUUUGCUGCUCUCCACAGUGUGAGAGGCUGAACAAAGUGUCUUGGCCUUGGAGGUCACUGAAUUUCUCGUGCCUUCAUGGGACAGAUUUCUUUCCAGGAAAAUGGAUGUGGAAUCUUUGUGUGCAACUUCAUCCAGGUGAUCAGAGCUGUAGGUGGGAUGUAAACACACCAGAAUCACAGAAUCCUUUCAGCUGGAAAGGCCCCUGGGAUCAGUGACCCAGAGCACUCAGUGCCACAUCCAGUCCUUCAGACUCCUCCAGGGACAGCGGCUCCACCACCUCCAAAUUCCAUCCCCCUUGUCCUGGGGGCAGCCCUGCAGGAGCCCCUGGGAUGGUGCAAACAGCCCUGAAGGUGCUGCCCCAGCUCCUGGGCUGGGAUGUGCUGGAGAAGGCACAGCCUGGAGCUCCCUCCCUGCUCCAAAUCCUGCUGGGAAUGGGGCACUGCCCUCUUUGGUCACUUCUGGGCCAUCCUGAGGGCAGCAGUGACACUGGGGAGCUGUUUGGCACAGAAAGUGGCUGAUCCUGAGGCUCUGCCAGUGCAGCCCGAGCAGUUCUGGGCACAGCAGGGAGGAACAGCAGCUCCUCACCUGUGCAGGUGCUCCAGGCACUCUGGGAUGCUCUCAGAAGGAUUUUCUGGCAGGGAGGAACACUCCCAGCAGCUCCUCACCUGUGCAGAUGCUCCAGGCACUCUGGGAUGCUCUCAGAAGGAUUUUCAGGUGAGGCAGCAGCUCCUCACCUGUCCAGAUGCUCCAGGCACUCUGUGAUGCUCUCAAGGAGGAUUUUCUGGCAGGGAGGAACACUCCCAGCAGCUCCUCACCUGUGCAGGUGUCCCAAGCACUCAGUGAUGCUCUCAGAAGGAUUUUCAGGUGAGGCAGCAGCUCCUCACCUGUGCAGGUGUCCCAAGCACUCUGUGGUGCUCUCAGAAGGAUUUUCUGGCAGGGAGGAGCAGACCCAGCAGCUCCUCACCUGUGCAGGUGCCCCAGGCUCUUUGUGAUGCUCUCAGAAGGAUUUUCUGGCAGGGAGGAACACUCCCAGCAGCUCCUCACCUGUGCAGGUGUCCCAAGCACUCAGUGAUGCUCUCAGAAGGAUUUUCAGGUAGGGAGGCCCAGACCCAGCAGCUCCUCACCUGUCCAGAUGCUCCAGGCACUCUGGGAUGCUCUCAAGGAGGAUUUUCUGGCAGGGAGGAACACUCCCAGCAGCUCCUCACCUGUGCAGGUGUCCCAGGCUCUUUGUGAUGCUCUCAGAAGGAUUUUCAGGUGAGGCAGCAGCUCCACCCCUGGAGGGACCCAGGACUGGAUGGAUUUCACAGCAGGUUUGGGAGCAGGAGCUUGGUGCUCCUCUGGGUUUUGGUUAUUUAAUCAGUUCUGUGCUGAGGAGAAUUCAGAUUGAAUCCAAAAUGAGGAAAAUUCAGAUUGAAUAAAAAAAUGGCUGAGGAGAAUUCAGAUUGAAUCAAAAACUGAAUGAGGAGAAUUCAGAUUGAAUCCAAAAAUGAAUAACAAAAUUCAGAUUGAAUCCAAAAAUGAGUGAGGAGAAUUCAGAUUGAAUAAAAAAUGACUUGGAAAAUUCAGAUUGAAUCCAAGCUGAGGGGAAUUCAAAUUGAAUCUAAAAAAUGAGGAGAAUUCAGAUUGAAUAAAAACUGAGGAGAAUCCAAAUUGAAUCCAAAAUGGCUUGGAAAAUUCAGAUUGAAUCCAAAACUGACUGAGGAGAAUUCAGAUUGAAUCAAAAAAUUAGUGAGGAGAAUUCAGAUUGAAUCAAAAAUGAGAAUUCAGAUUAAAUAAAAAACUGAGUGUGGAGAAUUCAGAUUGAAUAAAACAUGAGGAGAAUUCAGAUUGAAUCAAAAAAUGGCUUGGAAAAUUCAGAUUGAAUCCAAGCUGAGGAGAAUUCAGAUUGAAUAAAAAAUUACUUGGAAAAUUCAGAUUGAAUCCAAGCUGAGGAGAAUUCAAAUUGAAUCUAAAAAAUGAGGAGAAUUCAGAUUGAAUAAAAACUGAGGAGAAUCCAAAUUGAAUCCAAAAUGGCUUGGAAAAUUCAGAUUGAAUCCAAAACUGACUGAGGAGAAUUCAGAUUGAAUCAAAAAAUUAGUGAGGAGAAUUCAGAUUGAAUCAAAAAUGAGAAUUCAGAUUAAAUAAAAAACUGAGUGUGGAGAAUUCAGAUUGAAUAAAACAUGAGGAGAAUUCAGAUUGAAUCAAAAAAUGGCUUGGAAAAUUCAGAUUGAAUCCAAGCUGAGGAGAAUUCAGAUUGAAUAAAAAAUUACUUGGAAAAUUCAGAUUGAAUCCAAGCUGAGGAGAAUUCAAAUUGAAUCUAAAAAAUGAGGAGAAUUCAGAUUGAAUAAAAACUGAGGAGAAUCCAAAUUGAAUCCAAAAUGGCUUGGAAAAUUCAGAUUGAAUCCAAGCUGAGGGGAAUUCAGAUUGUUCAGAAUUUCACUCUCCCCUCCUGUGUGAGCUGCCAUCACUGAUAUUCUCAUUUUUGGGUUCAAAUCUCUCUAAAACCCAGAGAAAAGCCCCAAACCAGGAGGAGGAGCAGCAGCAAUGAGCUCAGAGGUGGCUCUGGAGCAGUUUUGGGUCUCUCAGUUGAAUUUUCCUUCUUUCCAUCAGCUCAAGGAGCCUGGCAGAGAAAAACAAAAUUAUUUUCACCCCCAAAAAAUGGAAUUUUGUGCCUUCCCUGAGUCGUGCAGUGCAGUUUAGGUGUUCCCUGAUUUCUGUUGCUUCUAGAAUUCACAGAAGAGCAGCCAGCACUUUUGGGGUUUAUUUUGGGUUUUUUUUUUACACAGUGUUGUUCAAAGAGUUUUAUUUUUUGUCCUGGAUAAAUUUGUACACAGAACAAUGGCUUUAUUUGACACGAUCUAUAUAAUUUUUUAAUACAAAAAAUACAAAUAUUUGCUUUGGGUGUCUCAGUCUUGGUGGGGUUGCUCAGCCUGGGAUUGCUGAAGGAGGAAAUUUCAUUGUGGGCUUGGAAAUUUGGGGUAAAAAAUGGGAUUUAAGUGGUGCAAAGGGUAAAAAUUCAGAGUCUAAUUUGUUGAAAUCUGAACAUUUUCCAUCCGUGGUGAUUUUCCAAGGAGGUCUUUGGUCAGAUUUUUGUGACAAUCCCAAAACUUGAAGUGGAAAUGUUCUCACUUCCCGCUUGGAUUCAGCUUCAGGAGAUCUGUUUGUGGCAAAUGAUGCCAAAUCCAACCAAAUUAUACCAAAUUACACCAAAUUAUACCAAAUUACAGCAAAUCAAACCAGAUUGUAUCAAACCAAAUUAAACCAAAUCAAACCAAAUUAAACCAAAUUAAACCAAAUCAAACCAAAUCAAACCAAAUUAAACCAAAUCAAACCAAGUUAUUCCCAAUCAAUUAUUCCAAAAUUAUUCCAAAUCAAUCCAGAUUUCACCAAAUUAAACCAAAUCAAACCAAAUUAAACCAAAUUAAACCAAAUUAAAAUGCUGUGUGGGUUGCUGAGCGUGAUGGGAUGGGCUGAGCCUUAAGUGAAAAAGUAAAGUAAGGCUGAAGUAAAAAA